UUUGAAUGAUUAAGUCCAGAGAAGCAAACAAAAACCAUUGACUGGUCUAGUCAACUCUCUUACAAACAACACUUUCCACGAAACCCUUUUAUUCCUUCCACUCAACUUACAUACACCAUUCAUUCCAUCUUUUCCCCCCUUCUCUCUCAAAUCUCAAUAAAUUUACUCUCUUUCUCUCUUGCCUUGCAUGGAUCACGCUGCCCUAGCCGUCCUCGCCGCCAUCGCCAGUUUUUUCGUCGUCACAGUCAUACUCGCCGCCAUCAUCCUCAUCUGCCAACACCGCAAAACCACCCAAACCCGCCGUAACAACCAGAUCCGAACCCGACCACUUCGUAACCCAAAUCAUUACCCAACCAGCUCCUCCUCCCUCCCCGUCGAUGCCAGCUGGUCAUGGGAUCCAAAUCUCAAAAUCUCCAUGGAAGAACUCUCACGCGCUACAAAAAAUUUCUCCAACACCCUCAUCGUCGGCGAUGGUAGCUUCGGCUAUGUUUACAAAGCUAGUCUCUCCACCGGCGCUACCGUCGCCGUCAAAAAACUCUCCCCUGACGCUUUUCAAGGCUUCCGUGAAUUCGCAGCGGAGAUGGAAACGCUAAGCAAACUCCGCCACCACAACAUCGUGAAAAUCCUCGGUUAUUGGGCUUCUGGAGCUGAACGGUUACUCGUUUACGAGUUCAUUGAAAAAGGAAACCUCGAUCAAUGGCUUCAUGAAUCAUCUCCAACCUCUUCUUCCACUCACCAAAACGAUGAGGUUUCUAUUUCAAUCGAUUUUAUUCGUUCUCCUUUGCCAUGGGAAACACGUGUCAAAAUCAUACGUGGUGUUGCUCAUGGGCUUUGUUAUUUACAUGGGCUUGAAAAGCCCAUUAUUCAUCGAGAUAUCAAGGCCAGUAAUGUUUUGUUGGACUCUGAGUUUGAGGCCCAUAUAGCUGAUUUCGGACUCGCACGUAGGAUGGAUAAAUCACAUUCGCAUGUGUCAACGCAGGUGGCGGGUACUAUAGGUUACAUGCCACCUGAGUAUCGAGAUGGGUCUAAUGUAGCAAACCCGAAAGUGGAUGUGUAUAGUUUCGGAGUGUUGAUGAUUGAAACCGUGUCGGGCCAUAGGCCCAAUUUGGCUGUGAAAUUGGAAGGAAAUGAUAUUGGGCUUGUUAAUUGGGCCAGGAAGAUGAAGGAAAGGAACACUGAACUAGAGAUGUUGGAUGGAAAUAUUCCAAGAGAAGAAGGGUUGAAGGAGGAGAGUGUUAGGGAGUAUGUACGUAUUGCUUGCAUGUGUACUGGUGAGUUACAGAAAGAUAGACCUGAAAUGCCAGAGGUUGUCAAAUUAUUAGACUCAAUGCCCUUGUGAAGAAGCAUGUUUUAUUGAGUUUAGAAUUGAGAAUUGAUCAUCACGUUCAUGUAAAUAGAAACAUUCAAAUGAAAUACUGUUGGUUGAUUGAUGUAUUUAAAUUGUAUUAUUGCUAUAAAAUUAAGGCUUAUUUGAUCCAA